UGCACGCCGCUCACCAACAUACAGCCAGGUGCACACCCGUCGCACCGUUGAGGCUUACCAACAUCAAGUCUACGGUAUGCACCUCUCGUGGUAAGCUCUCCGCUAUACCUUGGAAACGGACGCGUGGCAUCGGCAGGAGGGGGGAUUCAUCAAACUUCCGUACUACAGCAGCAGCAGCAGGGCUCGAAGCACUUGCUUUUUUAAUCGAAUUAAACACCCGCGUCAUAAUAAACGCAAACGGCCAACCGCUGCUGCUCAAACGGAGCACAAGGCGAACAAUCGUGUUCACAAGGCUGAUGCUGGGCUCCUGUCCCAGCUGCUAGGGAUGGAGAUUGAUGUGGGGUCGCUGAGGUGCGUUGCACCAGCACUCGGGAUUCCGCCAAACCGGCACUAUGACCCGAGCGAUGCCGAGGACGCCGCGUUGCGGCUGGAAUGGGCCAAGGUGCUUUUUCGCGCUGGCUACCGGCUUCGUUUCCCUCAGGAGACCACCGGCACGGCCGUGCUGCUGUUCCACCGGUUCCUCAUCCAGGAGCGCGUGGGCAAGCACCGCCGCAGCCGGGAUGUCAUCCUAACGACCUGCCUCUUCCUGGCUGGGAAGGUGACCGAGGCCCCCCGCCGCUUACGAGACGUGAUCAACGUGCUCCACAUGCUCAAUAGCACGAGUCAGGACGAGCCGCCCCUGCUGGACAAGGCCUACUGGACCAUGAAGGAGCGGAUCGUCGAGUUCGAGCAGGUUCUCCUGCGCACCAUCAACUUCCAGGUCGACCCCCCGGACCCCUACCGCCUGCUGCUCAACUACGCGCGAUCGCUGAGGCUCGACCGCGCCGCCACCCGCACGGCAUGGGGGCUGGCCAACGACGUCCUCUUCUGCCCCCGAGCCCUCUCCGCCCCGCCACCGGCCGUCGCCUGCGCCGUCAUACGGAUGGCCGCGCGCGUUCACGGGGGCGACCGGCGGCUGCGGUGGUACUCCCCCCCGGUGCAGAAAAUAAGCAAGCGACGGCGGGAGGAGGGGGGGGAUGCGAUCGGCGGGAGGGAUCUCAGGAAAGUAGAGAGCGGUACGGGGGACACGGGUCGUGGUGGUGGCACCGGUAGCGGUGACGGUGGGAGCGUUGUUCCACCGAUGGAGCGGCCUGUGCCACCACCUCCGCCUCCACCGCCGUUUCCUCCUCCCCACGGUGGACUUGGAGGAGGGGUGAACGGCCAACACGUUGUCAGGGCAGCGGGUGCCCCGCCGCCACCUCCCCCUCCUCCUCCUCCAACGGUUGGCGAUCACGGAGGGAUCAGCGGGAAACAGGGCGGUUUUGCAGGUAGCGCCGAUGUCGUUGGCGUUGGCGUUAGGAGAGGUGGCGGCGGCAGGGGCGGCGACGAAGACCAAGGGGACGAGACGGCGACUAAGCCGUGGUGGCGGCUGUUCGACGCGCGAGACGAGGAGGUAGAACUGGUGUGCUCGGAGCUCCUCGCCCUGUACCGAGCGCACGGCGACGGCGAGAGUGCUGCCGGCAAGGACGGCAGCAGCGAAACAACCGCCAAGGGUGAUGGUGGUGGUGUCAGUGCCAAGAGCAGCGACGACAGGCCGGACGCGGAGGCGAUUGCGAGGGCGGCGGGCGGGGAGUAGUCCCAGCAGCCCCGUAGGCCUCGUCUGCGUUGGCAAUGCCUUGAGGCUAGCAGCCGGUUGUCAUGACGUAUGGCUCCGUUCGAGCGGCCCCAUUCCGGUCAGACCGUGCUGUUCGACGACUGGGCGUUUCAUGUAUAUGUCCCCGAGUUUUGAGGUUUUGGUGCCUCUGUCUCGACUUCGUUGUGUUGUGGUAGAGAACGUAAGGUGGUGAGCUGUAAGUGACGUAUGCGGGCCAGGCUUACGGAGCCGUGUAGUGAACUGACGAAUGCCUCCUUCCACACCAAAGGGAACAACACGACCACCAGAGAGAGAGAGGUACCUGCAUGACUUGCCAGGCUCCGUGUCGUUUGGAUGCCGCACUUGGAUGGGAACAUCGUUCGUUUCGACGGGCGUGUGCCGCUACAAGUUGGAGUAAGUUGACUUCCGUAGUAUACCGUGUUAACAACACCGAAAAAAAAGGAAGAAAAAGCGCGCUUGACUGGAACUCUAGGCCGAAAAGCCUCACCCAUUGUUUCCCGGUGGCAGGCAGGCGGUGGGCCCGUGGG